AUGGACUCCAUUUUCAACCUUCAGGAAACAGAAAGAUCCAGUUUGCUUCAACAAAUGGUCGACUCUUUUGGAUGCACAUACGUUUGCCUCUGGUCUCACUUCCCUCAUCCUUCCAAUUGUUUGAUCUUCAUCGAUGGAGUUUACAAAGAUGGGAACAAUCAAGCAAGCUCAUCAUCUGCUGGGAGUCUGGGCAUGAGGUCUUUUCUUGAGUACCAGAAGUCAACGUUCUUGAUUGAUAAUUACAGUGGGGGGGUACAUGUUCCAGGGUUUGCAUUCAAGAACAAUCUUCCAUACAUGGAGCGUAAAGGCUUGGAGCUUUUAAGAUUGACAUGGAAUGCUCAACAACAACAAUUUUAUCAAGGAUCUAGGAAUGAGACUGUAAUUUUUAUGGGGUGCAAGAAUGGAGAGAUUGAGAUUGGCAUGUCCAAUGGCACCUCCCAAAUUGACUUCGAAAUCAAGUUAAAGAGAUUGUUUCCUGGAGAUUUCCCACAAGAAAUGCUUCCACAACCACUUGAUCAGGGUCGAGUUUCAUCUUCUUCAUCGUCUCUAAGAUCAUUAUCCAUCGAAAAUGGUUCCGAGUACUCACCUUUUCUCUUCAACAUGCUUCAAACAACUUCUUAUAUACCGGAGACGAUAUUUGCUCCAAAAGAAGCAUUUUUGGAUCAACAAGCACCAAAUCAAACACCAGCUUCUUCCAGAAUAAGAUCGCAAGAUCCUCUUCAACAAGUUCUUGACCAAAUUAGAAGCAGUCAAUUGAUGCCUUUACGAGAAAAUGAAGAAGCUGCAAUGACAAGAGCAAUUCUUACAGCCAUUUCUUCUUCUCCUUCCCCCUGUUCUUCUUCAUCCCAACAGCUUCAAACACCUCAUCAAGAUGGUAGUGCAUUUAAGAGAUAUCGAUCAUGUUUAGGACCCACAAAACAACGAAACCAAAUUAGUCGACAAAAUCUCAGCAGAAGAUCACUUACAUUCUUUCGAAAUCUAAGUGAGGCUCGAGCCCAACAAGAUCGAAUGUUCCAAACAACACGGCCGACAACCAGUCAACUUCAUCACAUGAUAUCAGAGCGAAAAAGACGAGAGAAACUCAAUGAAAGUUUCCAAGCUUUGAGAUCACUGCUUCCUUCGGGGUCCAAGAAGGAUAAGGCAUCAGUGCUAUCAAACACAAAAGAGUACAUAGCAUCUUUAAAAUCUCAAGUCGAGGAGCUUAACAAAAGAAACAAGAUUUUGGAGUCUGGUGAGCAUUCCGGGAAACUAGCAGCAGUACUUGAUCAAGAUUCCGGUGAGAGAGUAACCGUCCGAAUUAGAAACGUUAGUGAAUCAAGUUCCGAAUCACGAGUGGUGGAGUUGGAAGUGCACGCAAGAGGGAAUUUGGUACUUACGGACCUGGUGAUUCGGAUGUUGGAGUUCAUCAAACAGGUCGAACAUGCCACCGUGGUGUCCGUAGAUGCAGGAACGCCAUCGUUGGAGAACGGUGUUCAGGCGAAUCGAGUGGUUUUGAGAUUAAGAAUUCAGGGAAGUGAAUGGGACGAAUCAAGCUUCCAAGAAGCAGUGAGAAGGAUUCUUGAUGACGUGGCAUGAUGACAUGUUACCGUUCAAUUUUUGCCACGUGUAGAUGACUAUUU